AUGUACCCCUCUCCUGAGGUUGAACCUCAUAGUGAGAAGGAUGACGAUUCCUCUAGAUCUGAGAAGGACAUGGCUGCUGAAGGUUUAUGCUCUUUAGGGAAAACUGUGUCUGGUCCUUCCAAAUCUUGGAGCAAAGUUGAUGUUAAGAAGAGGAAGGUUAGAGAACUUUCUGAGUCUGACGAAGAUGUUGAGGAAGAUGUCCCUGACAUCUCCCCUGUGAAGAGGACCACUAGAGAGUUAGGAAAGGAUGUUGUUGAAGUCAAAGAGGUCAUGGACCUAAUAAAGAAUGUUGGGUUAAUGAAGACUGUGGCUAGAUUAUCUCAAUGCUAUGAGGGAUUGGUUAAGGAAUUCAUUGUUAACAUUCCUGAAGAUAUUGCUGAUAAAAACAUCAAGGGAUUUUGCAAAGUUUUUGUGAGAGGUAAGUGUAUCACAUUUUCUCCCAAUGUCAUUAACAAGUUUCUGGGAAGAAGUAUAGAGGGUGCAGGUGAAUUGGAAGCUACAGGCAAUGAAGUUUGUAGAGAAAUUACAGCAAGGCAGGUGAAAGAGUGGCCUAGUAAAAAGCAUCUUCCUGUUGGGAAGCUGAUUGUUAAGUAUGACAUAUUUCAUAAAAUAGGAUCUGCAAAUUGGCAUGCUUCUACUAACGCAUUGAAGUUGCCUAUAGCCUUUCCCUCUAUGAUUUGUGGGAUUAUCCUGAGUCAACACCCUGGGAUUCUGAGUACUAAUGACCUACCAAGUAGAAGAAAACCUGCUCUAUCAAUACACUAUAAACUGUUUGAAGACAGUCAUGUCGAAGACAUUAUCAUUACAUCUGCUAUGAAAAAGCCAACCUCAAAAGGUGGACUUAUUGUUGAGCUGAAGGAAAUGUGUAAAGAGCUGGGUGCAGGGAUAAGGGUAGCAACAACUAGGAAAGAAUCGUUGGAAUCCCUGAUUGUAAGCUUGGAGCGAGUUGAAGGUGAGAAUAUUGAACAGGCUAAGGAAGCUGAAGCCCAAACCUCUAAUAAGAGUUCUGUAACUAAUGAUGAGACAAGUGGCAAUUUUGUUUCUGAUGCUGAUGAAGCUACAAGCUCAAGCUCCUCUGAUUAG